AGAACUUGUUAAGCAACCAUCCAUUUUCACUCACAUUCAAGUCACUUAUCAUGUUAAACCUCUCCCACUUGACUUUGGGCGACAGGCGCGGUACAUCCUGGACUAGUUGUGAGUCAAAUUGCAGGGCACAUAGAGACAAACAAACUUUCACACUCACGUUCACACCUAUAAACCAUUUAGAGCACAGGUGUCAAACUCAAAGCCCAAGGGCCAGAUUUGGCUCGCCAGAUAAUUUGAUAUGGCCCGCGAAACCAAGCUGUGUGUUUACGUCACAUUUCUUGUUAAAUUGGAAAUGCAACUUGUACUUAGAUUUAAGAAACAUUGAAAUAGUAAGCAUUUUUUGGGGUCACCAUCAAUCCAUUUCCUGACCCACCUAUCCUCACAAGGGUCGCAGGAGUGCUGGAGCCUGUCCCAGCUGUCAAUGGGGAGGAGGUGGGGUGCACCCUGAACAGCUUGCCAGCCAAUCGCAGGUCACAUGGAGACAGACAACAGUCAACAAUUAAGAAUCUCCAAUUAAUACAUGUUUUUUGGGAUGUGGGAGAAAACCCAAGCAGGGUAUAACACGCAAACUUCACACAGGUUGGGCCGGGAUUUGAACUCCGGUCCGCAGAACUGUGAGGCGAACAAUCUACAGCUGCGCCACAUUGCCGCCUCGAUGGCACACAUUUAAACAUAAUUCAACAUGAAACACGUUGGCUCCGUCUAAAGCCCAAAUGCCACCAAUCAGUUACAUAAUUGUUUCUUCGGUGGAAAGACGAUAUUGUGCUGGAUAAUCAAUACCGUACAUCAGUGGCCGACACUCCUCCAGUACUCUGCAGAGACAGGAUGACACGCUUUAUCGUGUCUCGCGACACUGUUACAUUUGGAUCAUUUGUGGACUGAAUCCACGCGUCAGUCAAAAUCCAUAAGCGGCACAAUAGACUCCAAUGUAAUGGGAGUUCUCCCUUUGAUCUUUAAAUACCCUCUAACGUUCAACGCGUGCUCAUUGGCUUUGAUUUGAUUUUCUCGCGUUGCAGCCGCAGGAAAAUGCAGACGUUCCCUUGAACGUCUCCUGUGCGGCUGUGGCACAACAGAGGCUGUGAGAUUACCUCAACUGUUUUUUUUUUUUUUUUCCUUCCUCCACCACCACCAUCUGUCCCUUUCUUCAAUUUCACGUGCCCAGGCAAUAUCCGUCGCCCUCUCAUAGCAACAGCGCGCCGCCGCCCCCACCGUCUUGCUGUGAGUGUUUCUUCCCCUCGCACCAUGCAGACGGUCCCUUGGCCCAGCCUGACGGUUCAGCAUUCCCCCUCCCCCACCGCCGUGCUCCGUUUCACUCAAAGAUGGCGUCGGCUCGAGAGCCUCUGGUCUCUGGCUGCAUUUUUAGACUUGUUGUUGUCUCCGUUCUGCGCCGCUUUGGCAUCCUUCCCCCGGCGUACCGACACGACAAUCCGGGUGGUGCAACUGAAGUGCAGUAGACAUGAGGGUGAUCAGCCCCGUCUACUCCAUCGUGGUGUUGAGAAACCCUAACUUUUGGAGUUGGACAACACAGUGAAAGGAAAAAGGAUAAGUGAGGGGAAGGGACUGUGGUCAGAGGAGGAACAUUUUCAGAACUAGAAUACAUCCUAAACACACAACUUAGACUUUUGUCACUCUAACAUGAAACUCAUGUCAUGCAGGACUUUGUCAUCUUUUGCAACUCACACUGACGAUUUGCUCUUUUUGCCAGUGACUGUAAACUGACUGGUUUGUUUCUAUACAUCCUUAUUGUAUGUAUUUUGUUUUAUACUUUGCAUUUUUCGUCAGAGAGCUGUCCACACAUUAAUAUCAGAAGUGGGUGGGCCCGAUUUUACUGGGUGGAGAACUAGGUUGGGGAGGGCUGUGCUAUGGUCAGCUGCUCAUUACCGUGUUGUUCAUACUCUGCCUCAGAGGGUGUCUCUGUGCGGCCCCAGGACAAGGGAUAGUAAGCGGAGGACAAGAAAGAACGAGAAGCAAAGGUGGGGGCGGCGCUUCGGCGCAGGCCAGGUGUCUGUCUUUGGCCUGUAGUCCACAUUUUUUUUUUUUUCGAUUGUGGGGAGGGCCCCAGGGCCACUGUGCCCUGAGAGACUGCAGCCAUGGUAAAAUUGGCCAACCCCACAUACACCCAAUGGAUCCUAGAGGCCAUCAAGAAGGUCAAGAAACAGAAACAGCGACCGUCUGAGGAGCGCAUUUGCAAUGCGGUUUCAAUGUCCAAUGGUCUGGACCGCAAGACCAUUCUGGAACAGUUAGAACUUAGCGUCAAAGAUGGGACCAUCCUUAAGGUUACCAACAAAGGUCUCAACUCCUACAAGGACCCUGACAACCCUGGACGCUUGGCUCUUCCCAAGGCCAAAGGGGGUGGCAGCUUUGGAGGAGGAGCAGGUCACAGCAGUGGUGGCGGUGGCAGCAGCAGUGGUGCUAGCUUCCAAAGUCAUUUGGGGAAGAGACCUGGACUUGACUGGAACAAGUUGAUCAAGCGGGCACUGGAAGGCCUCCAUGAGCCGGGCGGCUCCUGCUUGAAAAACAUUGAGCGCUUUCUCAAGUGCCAGGCUGACGUGGCAGCCUACCUGUCGGGGAGCGGCUCCAUGGGGCCUGGCAUCUUCCACCAGCAGCUGAGGGUGGCCCUCAAAAGAGCAGUGGCCCAUGGACGUGUGGCAAAGCAGGGUCCACUUUUUCAGUUCAUCAGCCGCAGCAGCUCCCACAAUGACGGCACCGGGAUGGUAUCCCUGGAAUCACUGCCCCCUGUCCGCCUGCUGGCCCAUGAGAAGGACAAGCCGGUGGCAGAGCCCAUCCCCAUAUGUAGCUUCUGUUUGGGGACCAAGGAGCAGAAUCGUGACAAGAAGCCUGAGGAGCUCAUCUCUUGUGCAGACUGUGGCAAUAGUGGCCACCCGUCAUGUCUCAAGUUCUCUCCAGAGCUUACGGUGCGAGUCAAAGCACUUUGGUGGCAGUGCAUCGAGUGCAAAACCUGUAGCAGCUGUCAGGAUCAAGGAAAAAAUGCGGACAAUAUGUUAUUUUGUGACUCUUGUGACCGGGGCUUCCACAUGGAAUGCUGUGAUCCUCCCCUCACCCGGAUGCCAAAAGGCAUGUGGAUUUGUCAAAUUUGCCAACCCAGGAGAAAGGGAAAGAAUCUUUUACACGAAAAGGCAGCACAGAUCAAACGGCGCUAUAACACACCACUUGGACGGCCGAAGAACAGGCCGGGGCGGCCCUUCAAGAAACUGGGUGGCCGUGCUCGGCGGAAGCGUUCAGCAUCUGCUAAUUCCUCAUCCAGCUCCUCUUGCGAAGGUUACCCUGGUGAUGACCGACUACUUUUCUCGAUGCGGGAUGGUGACGACCUGACACAAACCAGCCUCCGCUUUAACAACAAGACCAAGGGAUUAAUUGAUGCACUCACAAAAUUUUUUACACCUUCGCCUGAGGGUCGGAAGGCACGUCAGGAAGUUGUGGACUACUCUGAGCAGUGCCGCAUACGAAAGAAAGCAAAUCGCAAAGGAGAUGGAGAUGACAGGGCGGACAAUCAAGAAGGCAGCGACUGGCGAGAUGAGGAUGACAGACUGCCAGGCCAUGAAAAUCUAACAGAAAAAGACAUUGAGCUCUUCAGACACAUCCAGGAGCUUGCGUUGCAGAAAGUCGGAGUUACAGGUCCACCGGACCCUCAGAUGCGAUGUCCAUCAGUCAUUGAAUUUGGAAAGUUUGACAUUCAGACGUGGUACUCUUCUCCCUACCCCCAGGAGUACAGCAGACUACCCAAACUCUACUUGUGUGAAUUCUGCUUGCGCUACAUGAAGAGCCGUAGCAUCCUCUACCAGCACAUGAAGAAAUGCAACUGGUUUCAUCCUCCAGCUAAUGAAAUUUACAGGAAAGAUGACGUCUCUGUGUUUGAGGUUGAUGGAAACGUGAGCACAAUCUACUGCCAGAAUCUGUGCCUACUGGCCAAGCUUUUCCUCGACCACAAGACCCUCUACUACGAUGUGGAGCCCUUCCUUUUCUAUGUCCUCACACAGAAUGACAGCAAAGGUUGCCACCUUGUUGGAUACUUUUCCAAGGAGAAACACUGCCAACAAAAAUACAACGUAUCAUGCAUCAUGAUUCUUCCACAGUACCAGCGAAAGGGCUAUGGGCGCUUUCUCAUUGAUUUCAGCUAUUUACUUUCUAAGCGUGAGGGGCAGCCUGGAUCACCAGAGAAGCCUCUCUCAGAUCUGGGUCGGCUCUCCUACAUGGCCUAUUGGCGCAGCGAGGUCCUAGAGUGCCUCCAUAGGGUCCGUGACCGGCAGAUAACAAUUAGACAGCUCAGCAAACUGACCGGGAUUUGCCCUCAGGAUAUCACGACAACCCUGCACAGCCUCAGUAUGCUUGAGCAACGAGGAGACAGGAUGGUCCUGGUGCGACGAGAAAAGAUGAUAGAUAACCAUAUGGCUCGUCUCAAAGCCCGACCACGACAGCUAGAAGUUGACCCAGAGUGUCUGCGCUGGACUCCUGUCAUUGUAACAAAUACCGUUGUUUCUGAUGAGGAUGACGAUGACGAGGAUGAUCAAGAAAUGGUGGAGGGUAACCACAAGGAGAUCAAACCAAGUCACAAGCUCCCAUUGAUGUCUUGGCACAUGCGUCAAGCAAAGAAAAGGGAAGAAGAAGAUGAUGAUGAUGAUGAGGAGGAGGAAGAAGAGGAAAGAAAGGGUUUCCUUGGGUUUCCUGUCAGCCAAAGUUCACCAACAUCACCUCCAGUACGUUGUUUACCUGGCCCACAGCCACCACGUCCACCUCUGCCAGCAAAUGGUGAACGCAGACCCCGGGGUCGCCCACCCAAAAACUGGCCUUGGGGUAAAGGGGUUAAGGAAAGCCAACGAGUUGGACGGCCACCUAAGAUCCGCCCAAUGGUGGAGGAAGGUGAGGAUGACGAAAGGACAGAUGGAGGAAAAAUUGGUUCUGCGACCACCCACGCCUCCUUAUUCUCUCUAGAGAGAAGAACAGAAUCAGCAAGUUUUCGCACAGUAGGCAUGGCCAGACACUCCAUUAUAACUCCCACCCGAAGAGGGCGCCCCCCAAGGAAAAAGAGAGGACCCAAACCCAGACAGGUGGAGGAGCUGAAUGAGGGGCUCGGACAACUUCCCGGGGUUUCCAGGUUGAAUGAUUCUCCUCCCGUCAGGAAGAGUGGCUUCAGUGAUAGUAGCGACGAGGAAGAAGAGGAUGACGACGACAACGACGACGAUGAUGGGGAAAGCAGGGCAUGCUCUCCACCCAUACUCACAAAGCCAGCUAUGGGGCUCAAAUGCAAGAAGCCGUUGAGAAAGCGUCGUUUUCGCCAGCGCAGCCAUCCACACAGCAGCGUAGUGACAGAGACAAUUUCUGAGACCACAGAGGUUUUGGAUGAACCCUUUGUAGAUUCUGACUCAGAGAGGCCCAUGCCCAGACUAGAGGAGGAGUCAUCACUGGGUCACCCCUUGCGUCGCUAUCCUCCAGCUCGCUCUGCACUUAGGUUAUCAGACCUCACUCCCAAAAGGGGCCGGCACUGCAACCUUUCUGAUUCAGAGGAUGACGAGCUAACUGCUAUGCUGCAUCCUAUGACAUUGCCAUCAAGUUCAUCGGCUAAUCAAGCUGGCAAUCCUGAGGUCCCAGUUAAGAAGAAGAAAGGCUGGCCUAAGGGAAAGAGCCGUAAGCCACUCCACUGGAAGAAACGGGGACCUGGAAGACCUCCUGGAAGUGGAGCCAACCAGCGAGCUGCUUCAGAAAGGCAAGCAAGCGGGGAUCCUACACCUCCCAAAAUUAAGAUGAAGCCUGGUCGGAAGCCCCGAAGCUGGUAUCUCCAGCGUGCCCAAGAGGAAGCGCAGAGAGAGGAGCAGGAGAGACUAAGACUUUUAGACCAGCAGUUAGACAAAGAUCCUCUGCCAUUUUCAACAGAUCGAAACAGCAAACGUACUUCGCGCACCAUCUCAGAGAGCAAAGAAAAAUACUCAGAUGAAGAUGAUUACCUCCCAAUGCCUGUGGAGCAGAAGGUCCCAAAAAGGAGAGGGAGACCGCCUAGGAACCCAAACCUCAGUCAAGUACCACCACCAGCUCCAAGACCACUUCUAAACUCUGAACCAGAGGAGGAGGAGGAGGAAGAGGAGGAGGAGGAAGAAGAGAGAACUUGGGAGGAGAACAAAUCGAGCCGUCCACUUUCCCACCCCAUUUUGUCUGCUUCAUCCUCCUCAUCCAACCCAGGGCCGAGGGCUCCACAGUUUUCCUCUCAGGAUGUUGAUAUUGGGGAAAGAGAAGAAAUUGAUGAAGACGACGAAAGGGAAGAAGUGGAUUUUGAGAGGCAGGGCCAUGGCAAUCUUAACAUGUCAAGGCGAGCAGCAGCUACACCAGGUUCUGGAAGCCGGCGUAGUGAAGACCAUGAUGCAGAUGAUGAAGGUGACGGACACUUAGAAGAGAAGAGCAACAGCAGCAUCAGUAAGAAAAGAAAAAGCCAGGCGUCCGAAGAUGAGGACGAUGAAGAUGAGGAGGAAGAGCCUGCUUCCCAUGCAAGCUCCCCUCCAGUUAAAGAAGAACCCCAAGGUGGAGAGGGUUUUUUAGACUUGGAGAACAGCGUGGCCCGGGAAUAUGUCAGCAAGCAGGAAGAGGAAGAAGAAGAGGAGGAGGAGGAGGAGGAGGAGGAGCCUGAAGAGCUGGUACAGGAGCCAAAGUGUCGGCUCUCCUCCGCUGAUCCACAGCAAGAGGAUAGGCGGCGUAGAGAGCAAGAGGAGUCUGCUGCGGCCGCUGCGGCUGUGGAAACAGUUACGGCCAUGUCUGUUCCCUCAGAACCUAUGGAGCUCCAGCCUUUGCAGACGGAGGACAAAGAUGUUGCACUGUUAAUAGAACCCCAACACACACACUCCCAUGCUCAGCACUCUGACUUCAAAGAGGAGCUGGGUCACCAUCAUUCACAUCAUCCCCAUCACCAUUCCAAUGAACUAGACUUGGAAACUGUCCAAGCAGUACAGUCUCUGACACAGGGGGAAGCCCAGGAUGAAGAGACGGAGCCUCACCACGGGGCUUACCAGGAUUGCGAAGAGACACUUGCUGCCUGUCGGACACUACAGAGUUAUAGCCACACAGCGGACACUGAGGAGGAGGCCCUGGCAUUAGUAGAGGACUGUGGAGCCUCCCAUCAUAGCAGCCCGCUGCCCAAUCCUCCAAUGCCCCCACUGCCCGGACAGUCUGUACGUUCAGUGAAUAGUCCAGGGUUGCCUACGGCCAUCAUAGACACAACCACGGCAGGGCAGAGUGGUGGGACUCCUGGACCCACUGGAGCAGGUGGUGGAAGUGGAGGUGGGUACACACAGAUCACCCCAGAACAUCCCAGUUCUCUGUCUGCACCCUCCCAGCAGAACAUGGAGACAUCUCCUAUGAUGGAUGUCCCAUCUGUGUCAGACCACUCUCAGCAGGUGGUUGACAGUGGCUUCAGUGACCUCGGUAGUAUAGAAAGCACUACAGAAAACUAUGACAACCCCAGCAGCUAUGACUCGACCAUGGGUGGAGGAAGCAAUGGAACGGGGAAUGGAGGCGGAAUGUCUGUUGCAGGUGCUUCUUCAGCUUCAUCGGUCACCUCUUCUUCUAGCUCAGCCACCCCAUCCUCCUCACAGUCAAGCAGCUGUUCCUUUGUACCAACCCCCAGCCUAACAUCUUCAACAGGGACUGGAGGAACCCAACACGGAUUAGGAAGCUGUAGUCUCAUCCAGCAAACUGGACCUGGUCCCAACAGUGGUCCUGGAGGCAGCAAUGUUGGCAAUUCUGUCUCUCAACCCCCACCUCCUCCUCAUCCAUCUAACACCCCAACCUGUGGCAUUAAGUCUCCCCAGAGUUGCGGUGUAAUUGAGAGGCCUCCCAGUACCAAUCAGCAACAGCCACCGCCAUCUCAAAAGAAGGUUCCACAGCAGCCUCCUCAGCAGCAGCAGACCCCCAACACUCAGCCUCCACCCUCAGCCCCACCUCCUCCGCAACAACAGCAGCCCUUAUCCCAGUGUAGCAUGGGAAAUGGGUUUGGCUCCACUCCCAUGAUAAUGGAGAUUCCAGAGAGUGGGGGUGGGGGAGGUGGCCGUACCCUUUAUGAGCGUAUGGGUCAGGACUUUGGCACAGGGGGGUACCCCCAACCCUCUGCAACCUUCAGCCUGGCCAAACUCCAGCAGCUCACAAACACCAUUAUGGAUCCACAUGCCAUGCCCUACUCUCACUCAGCUUCCGUCACGUCCUAUGCCACCAGUGUUUCUCUCUCUAACCCAGGACUGGCGGCCUCUGCCCAUGCGCCCCUCUCCCAGGGUCAGCCUGCUAUGACCCCACCCCCUAACUUAGCCUCUGGCUCCAUGAACUUGGGGUCCCUGCAGCUGCAGUGCAACAUGCCUACUACCAAUAUCAGUCUGGGUCCCCCGCCCCACACGCAGCGCCUGCAGGGCCAAAUGGCAACAGUCAAAGGCCAUAUUUCUAUUCGGUCCAAAGCCACUCAGCAGCUGGCUCCAGCCCCGCACCAGCAGCAGCUGUAUGGGCGCAGCUCUGGGGCUGUGGCCAUGCAAGGCACACCUCGCACCUUGGCUGUUCAACGGGGCAUGAUGCCAAACCUCAUGCCAACGGCACCAUAUAAUUCCAUGAACAUGACACCACUCAAUCCUAUGUCAGCUGGCUACCGAAUGCCCCAACCAAUGAUGAACAGUGGUUACCAUGGUAAUCCUCCUUACAUGAAUCAGCCAGCUCAGUAUCCCAUGCAAAUGCAAAUGGGAAUGAUGGGCGGGCAGGGUUACGCCCAGCAGCCUAUGCAGCCGAAUCACCAUGGCAACAUGAUGUACACAGGCCCCUCCCAUCACAGCUAUGCUGGUGUCCCAAAACAGUCUCCCUACAUGAGCAGAUGAAGACAUGGGUCCAAGGCUGAUACUUGCUGUACUUACAAUGUGCAUCAGUCGUGUUCACGCUCUGCAGUGCCGUGCAAGGCACCAAGAGAACAAGUGAAUAGAAAUCGGGGGGUUUCCUGUUUUUCUGUGUAAUCAUUUUGUCCAAUUCUCAUGAGAUAGGCAGGGUGUGUGCAUGGAACAGGCCAGGCCUACGUUGUCCCUGCUAACCGGCCCAAAUGUCUACUGUUCCUUUUGAUGAGCAAGAGGAGAAGAGGAGAAUGAGGAAGAUGCACAGAAAAGGACAAUACAGGAUUAAUUCUGAUCUUGCUUUGUCAGAUUGAAAAUGCAAAAGACAGUUAUCUGAUUAUAUUCAACCAUGCACACAAUCUUUUGACAUAGGAAGCCUUACCUUAAAAAAGAGACAUAGAUGGAUUCUUGUUUUGUUAAAAAUAAUGUUAAACUUUAUUUUUGUUGUUUUGUUUCGAAAUAUCUGUGUGCAGUCUGGCCUCUUGUAUGCUUCAGUCUUUAUAUUUGUGGCAUUCUGAAAUGGUGGCACACCCUCUGGGUACUAACAUAGACCCCAUCUCCAAGGCCAGAGCGGCCAGCGUGUGUUCGAGGUGUUAAUUCAUGUUUCUGUCUUCCUGGAUGGAUGACAUCAUACCAAAAACACUGCAAAGACAGAGGGGAUGACAGUCUUUUUUUUAAUUUUUUUUUUUUUUAAAUCAAAUGGUAGCAUUACGUUCCAGUUUUCUGCCACUCUGACAAGUUAAGAUGUAAAUAUUCUGGCACCUCCCAUUAUCAACCAACACAUGUAUAGAGGCGUACUGGCUAGCUCUUGCAUUUGACUAGCACAGGAAUGUACCACCUUCAGCUAUUGUUGUCCACACUCCAUUGACAGUCAGUAUACAAUGUCAAUUUUUGGAGGUUAAAGAAUUCAGAACAAACAGCAGAAUAAUCAUUUAGCUGCUUUAAGGAAAUUUGGUUAACAAUUAGCUGACUUCCCCUCAAGUGUUAAAGACCCAAAGAGGUCAAGGUGUCUGCUGAUGAAAUGUCUUUUGUUGAAUUUGUAUUUUUUUAUAUAUGCAUUAUUUUCUCUCACUCUCUGUUUGCUAGAGAUACUGCGGUAGACUGCCUUUAUGAAAGGCACCUGGUGUAGUGCAUGGCUUGGACCACAGUUAGAGGCACACAUAAGAAAGCAGGGUCAGAGCUUUGUUGGUUAUGGCGUUUAAAUAGCGCAGGUGGAACGGUUCACCUUGUUGCUGCUCCAUGUACCAGUAUUCAAAGUCAAAAGAGCGGUUUUUGUUUUCUUACAGACCUGACGUUGCAUACUUUUUGUGUCUAUUGUUCUGUUCUGAACUUUGUUUUCUUUCUGAAUUUUAUCAGACUGGGCAGCUUUAUAUUAUGACCUAAGCUGACUCUUUUUGACUAAAAAGAACCUGUGUAGAGUUUUUUUUUUUCCUAUAAUAUAAAAGGAAAUUCUGACAUUGAUAUUGAUUGGUACUGUCAAUUUUGUUGUUCACUUCUGUUUCAGGACAAAAAAUACACAUUUUUAACUCGCCUCUUGGGUAAUUGCUAUUAAAUUCAAAAUAAUAAUGAAAAAAAAAAAGUUCUACUCACUUUUAGUGACUAUAAGAUGCCUUUAACCUUUCCAUUCCAUCUCAUCUCUAGAGUUUUUCUAUCUUUGUGUAGUAUAUUAAUGCUAUUUUAAACAAAAUGACUACAAAUAUCUAAAGGUCACUUGGCAUUUUUUUUUACUUGUGUGUGUAUAGGAUGACUUCCUUACAUUAAAGAGGCAUGUAAAAAUAAGCUCCGUAUAUUUCUGUCUGUUUAUAUCGCUUCCCUUUUUGUAUCCUUUGGAAUUGUACAUGUUUCGUUGUAUGCUCAGAGAGAGUGCAAAAUAAAAGAGUGUCUGGCUGAGUGCUGUGCUGUGCUCAGCGACCUCAACGCUCUUCUCUCUCCUUGUAUGUAUUUCCAUUUAUCCGCCCCACCCCCUUUCUUAGCAAGUACUUUCAAAGAACUCUGUACAUUUUAACAUAAAAUGAAAAUAAAUUAUGUUGAGCCAUUCA